CCUCAGCUGGACUUAAAGCUCGCGCAGAUCGGGUUCGCAUCUCUCCGCGUUCUAAAAUCCAAAUCAGCGCGUGACUUCCACUCCGGAGCGACGACGGCUGAUAUCACACUUCUGAGGAUUUUGGAUAAACACAUCGUUAUCAAAAUGGAGCUUUUGUUUCGUUCUGUGUGGCAGAUGAGCAUGACGUUCAUGCUCAUGCUUUCUGGGAUUCAGGCAGAAUCAAGUCAGUCUCAGAGUGCAUACUUCUUGCCUGAGUUUGCGUUGUCUCCACAAGGAAGCUUUCUGGAAGACACAACAGGAGAGCAGUAUCUCACAUAUCGCUACGAUGAUCAGACAUCAAGGACCACACGCUCUGAUGAGGAGAGGGACAAUGGAUGGGACGCUUGGGGAACAUGGAGCGAUUGCUCUCGCACCUGUGGAGGAGGAGCCUCUUACUCUUUACGGAGAUGUCUCAAUGGAGGGAAUUGUGAAGGAAGAAACAUCCGUUACAGGACAUGCAGCAACACAGACUGCCCUGCUGAGUCAGGUGACUUCAGAGCUCAGCAGUGCUCCGCCCACAAUGACAUCAAAUACCAGGGACAGACGUAUGAGUGGAUUCCAGUGAGCUAUGACCCGAUCUCGCCCUGUGCCCUUAAGUGCCAGGCUCGAGGGAAGAGCUUAGUGGUGGAACUGGCACCUAAAGUGCUGGAUGGCACUCGCUGUAAAGCAGAUUCUCUGGAUAUGUGCAUUAAUGGCAUAUGCCAGGAAGUGGGCUGUGAUAGGCAGCUGGGCAGCAACACUAAGCCAGAUAACUGUGGAGUGUGUGGAGGAGAUGGUUCAAGCUGCCGCCUGAUCCGAGGCCAAUUACAGAUCCACGUAUCAUUAGAGGAACCCCUGAAGACGGUGGUUGAAGUUCCGCUAGGAAGCCGAGGUCUGAGACUCACAGCCAAGGGUCCUGACAUCAUAAUGAUUGAAGCUCACAGUCUAAGCGACAGGAGAGAGGAGCUGGUGUUGAGCUCUCCAGGCUCAUACACUUUGGCCAACAGCUCUGUGGAUUAUCAGAGAGGGAGAGAAGCUGACAGACAUAUUCUGCGCUGCCAUGGGCCACUCACUGCAGACUUCACCAUCAAGGUGAAGUAUGUGGCUCCUAAAGACACAGUGGUCAUGUUCAUGUUCUACCAGCCGAUCCGCUAUCAGUGGAGGGAGACGGACUUCUUCCCCUGCUCUGUAAAGUGUGGAGGAGGCUACCAGCUGAACUCAGCCGACUGUGUGGACAUCCGCUACAACAGAACUGUCGCAGAUCAUAACUGUCACAGCUAUCCGGAGAACACUAAACCAAAACCCAAGCUGAAGGAGUGCAACAUGGAGCCCUGUCUUGAAAGCGACGGUUUCAAAGAGGUCAUGCCUUACGAUCACUUCCAGCCUCUUCCACGGUGGGAGCAGAACCCCUGGACAUCAUGUUCGGUACCGUGUGGAGGCGGAAGUCAGGAGCGCAGUGUGGUGUGUGUGGAGGAGGACAUGCGGGGCCAGAUUGUUCAGGUUGAGGAAUGGAAGUGCACACACUCCCCAUGGCCCAUCUCUAAACAGAGCUGUAACAAUUUUGAGUGCCCAAAAUGGUUGGCAAUGGAAUGGUCUCAGUGUACAGUAACCUGUGGCAGGGGUUUGCGUUACCGUGUGGUUGUGUGUGUGGAUCACCAAGGAGAACACACAGGAGGCUGCACCUCUGAACUCAAACCCCACAUCAAAGAGGAGUGCUUAGUGCCAAUCGCAUGUCACAAACCCAGAGAGAGUGUGCCCGUAGAAGCCAAAGUCCCAUGGCUAAAACAAGCCCAAGAAUUGGAGGAGACCAGAGUGGCCACUGAAGAGCCAAUCUUCAUCCCAGGCCCAUGGUCUCCCUGCAGUGUGUCCUGUGGCAUGGGCAUACAGAAGCGCACUGUGAAGUGCAAAGUGUUUCUCUCCUUCACUCAGACUGAGGUGGAUCUUCCUGACGAGGAGUGUGGUGACGAUAAGCCUCUCUCCCAGAGAUCCUGCACCCUUGACGCCUGCUCCAAACUGGCAGAUCCUCCACAGCACCCACAGGAAAAUCAGAAUAAAUCCUCCAAGAAAAACUAUGUUUGGGAAUAUAGGGGUUUCACAGCAUGCUCAGUCUCCUGUGCUUUAGGCAGGCAGAUGGCUGUUAUCCAUUGUGUAAGGGCUGGGCAAAGGGAGCUGGUGGAGGAUACACUCUGUGACGAGUCACUCAAACCCCACACCAUCAUGCGCAUGUGCAACCCUCAGCCUUGUCCUGCCAGAUGGGAGGUAAGCAUGUGGAAUGCAUGCUCAGUGUCGUGCGGCGUCGGGUUGCAGACUCGCAGCGUGUGGUGUGUGAGGUCUGUAGGAAUCAAUCAAAGUGAGCCAGCAUCAAACUCUGAGUGCCGAGGACCCCGCCCUACAGAGGUUCAGGCCUGCAAUCAAGUGCAGUGUGUCCCCACCUGGGAAACCACCGAGUGGCAGGAGUGCUCCAGUUCGUGUGGGAGAGGGAUGCAGUGGCGUAAUGUUUACUGCAGGCAACGUUUGGCCACAGGGAGCUAUCGCCGCUUGCAAGACGAGGAGUGUGACGGAGUUAAACCCGAUACACACCGGCCGUGUGUCAGCACACAGUGCCUGAAACCUCACCUCGUGGGUGGGGAGUGGUCCAAGUGCUCUGUGACAUGUGGGAAGGGAAUCCAGCGCAGAGAGCCUGUGUGUCGAAGGCAGACAACAUCUGGUCAGCUGGUCACUCUGGACAAAUCUGUGUGUAUCGGCCUUCAACCACCAUCUCUAAUCAGAAGCUGCCGAAUGAGUCCCUGCAACAAGCACAAGUACUCCAAGAAACAUUGUCCCCAGGUUCUGGGCCUCAAACGCAUCUACAUCCAGACAAAACAAGAGAAAAGGCUUAGCUUCACAGUUGGUGGACGUGCUUACCUUUUCCCAAAGACGUCAGUCAUUAUCAGGUGUCCAGUACGCUACUUUCCCAAAUCCCAGGUUCAUUGGGAGAAAGAUGGUGUGGACCUUCAGAGCUCCAAACAUCUGAUCAUUACAAAAUCUGGAGCCUUGAGGAUCUACAACCUGGAGGUUGGAGACAUUGGGCAGUAUCGCUGCUGGGCCGACCAGGAUUCAGACAUCUUCAUCCUAAAGUUGAUAGGCCAUGAUAACAGGCUGCUAGAACAUCCUGAGGGUAAGAAAUUGGUAAAGCAGAAAAUCAACAGCAGCUCCAGAACUUUUCCUAAUGGAGAGGGAGGUAUUGUUAGUUCCAAGUGCCAGGACCAGGAGGAAGUUUCUCUGGCUAAGAAGGUCCAGAAAGAUGGUCAAAGCUGGCUGCAAAAGAAUGAGCUUUAUCUGGAUGAGGAACAAACUAAGGAGCCUGGGGAUUCAAUGGAUUUAGGCAACUAUCUUCUAGCAUCUACUUCUACUAGUGAUGCUGUGAUUUCAGCAGCUUCAGGAGCCUUCAAUCUGGAGCCAGCGGAGUUUGAGGAACUCAUCAGAAACAUCAGCCAGCUUGCAGAAAAUGGAGAUAUGACAGAUGACCUUGCCUCACAGCUUAUUGGCAAGCUGAUGGAGGAGAUAGCAGCAUCUCAGGCUGCAACAGACAAGGAAACAAUCCGAGCAGAAAGCAAAUAUACAGACAGAACCCUUAACUCCUCUGAACGUUCUGGAAGGAAAAGUCUGAAGAGCAGAGCAGUUAUUGUUCGUCACACCUCACAUGGUUCCACCAUGAGCUUCCAGAGAGACCUCAGGAUCAAUGUGGGAAGGACUGCCUACAUAACCAAUGCCACUCGAAGCCUGACAAUUCUCUGUUCAGCUCAGGGUAUCCCAAUACCUACCGUGUCCUGGUCAAAAGAUGGACUACUGCUGCAGGCCAGUACUGGAGGACUGCACAUUGCAAACCCUGGCGCCAAAGACACUGGAAUCUACAGGUGCACAGCAAACAAUGAAAUGGGAUCUGAUUCAGAAACAACGCAGGUGCUGUUGGCUGAACACCCUGCUAUCAUGGCUUCUUGGAAGAACAUAUCUGACCUGCACAGUGCCAAUCUGAGAGUGGUAGUAGGAGGCAGAAUAAGAACCCAUAUUGGUGCCAGUCUCACUCUGGACUGUCCAGUUACAGGUGUUCCUCAGCCGAGUGUAAGCUGGCAUCGUUUAGAGGGCAAGCUGAGUGCCAGCAUCAUUUCACUCACAAAUGGCUCUCUGCUACUUCACAAUCUCACGCUGCAGGAUGACGGGACUUAUAGCUGCAUAGCCUCCAAUCCCAUUGGCAAAACCUCAGCCUCUAGCAGGAUCCACAUCGCUGAUGUCAAUGAGGCAGCAUCCAAUGAGAAAAGCUCCCCAGUGAAGGAUGUAAACAGGAAACGAGUCAUGAUGGCCUCCCGCACUGGAACAGUCAGUACAGUCAAACCUGGAGACAUCCUGAGGCUUGGAUGUCCAGUUGUCCCGAGCCACAAGAAACCCAUCAAAUGGUCAUUUGAGAAUCAAACCCUGAAGCAGACGCCGGGCCUACGCUACCGCAUACUUGCUGCAGGUCGAAUUCUCGAAGUGCAAACUCUGAGCAGCAGGUUUGAAGGACGCUUUGCAUGCCAAACCCACACCAAUGAUCAGAUGAUCUCUGCCUGGAUUCAUAUCCUCUCACAAGAAUUUGAGUGGCAUUUGGCUGAAUGGAGUGUGUGCAGUGCGAGUUGUGGAAAUAAAGGAUUUCAGAGCAGGAAGGUUCACUGCGUAAGUGGCAGCGGGCAGGAGAUGCCCCCCUCGUCCUGCCAACAUCUUCCUAAACCUUUCUCCCUAACACGGCCGUGUAACCUCCACAACUGUCCUCCCAGCUGGGGUUCCACCGUGUGGUCCAAAUGCUCCACGUCAUGUGGCCGUGGUUUCCGGCAGAGACGGGUGUCAUGCCAGCAUCUGGAGGCCAACGGGAACAUUCAGGUUUUGCCUGAUGCAGCAUGUGAAGGAACAUCACGUCCUGAAGACAGAGAGCCGUGUGUUUCAGGAGCUUGUGCUGAGUGGGUCAGUGGACCCUGGGAACAGUGUUCUGGCCGCUGUCUCGGUCCGGCUGUUGCAACUCAGAGAAGAAGAGUGACGUGCAAGAAACUGAAUGGCUCAGAAUCCAACACGGCCUGUGACCCCAGAGAAAGACCAGCCUCGGUAAGGAACUGCGCAUCAGAAAAGUGUGAUGUUCACUGGAGGGUGUCGCCAUGGAGAAUGUGCACUGCAACCUGUGGAAGUGGCUUCCAGUCGCGCAGGGUCGAAUGUGUACAUCGUCAGAACAACAAGACCCUCCCUGACCUCCACUGCGCCUGGCAGCGUCGUCCUGUCACCUGGCAACACUGCAACAUAACUUCCUGUGGCAACGAGUGUAAGGACACGACCCAUUACUGCGCAACGGUGAAACGCCUCAGGUUGUGCCCCAUCGAACUGUAUGCACAGAGAUGCUGCAAAUCCUGCUCAGAAGACACGGGCACUAUUUAGUGAUCGCUGAGCGUAGAUAGCAUCUCGAGCUUUUACAGCACACUUACUCCUGAACACUGCUCUUCUUUCCAAUCCAAGCACAUGUGGAACAAAUCUGAAGUGGAAGAACUCCAGGACUUUGCUGCGUAAACGAGGAGAGAGUGCCAUUUUUGGGACAUGGCCAAGUUUAAGUGGACGCUCUAUGUAAUUUGGACUAAAGGGCAUUUAUCUAGGCUGAAGUGAGUUCUGGGUGUGUGUUGGCAAUUCGCCGCUGACAGAGAAAACAGCACUAAUUCAGCUCUCUCCUCUCGUCAUUAUAUAAAGAUCAUUAUCAGCAUCAUGUGUGGAAUAAUUUAUAAGAAUGUGUUUUGCUCUAUAUUUAAUCAUCAGGAUGAGAAGCAGAAAAUAUCAGACCAUUCACGUGUGUGAAGGGAGGGGAAAAUAGGUACAGCUGAAGCGUACAUAAGGUAUUUACAGGAGUUGAAAAUCUGAAAGUAUUUCAAGGGCAAUGCUUUAUUUGAAAGUUAUCUAAAUAUUGAUUUCAUGACACAUAUAUAAGCAAGGAAUAACACGCUUAUAGAAUGACAUCUGAGUAUUGACUACUUCCACAUUACCCAUAAUGCUUUGCACCUUAGGGGGUAACCAAAGUACAAACUGAAACAACACGGUGUCUCACGCUGACAGUAAUCUUUCGAAUUUAAAUCUCCAUAAAACCUUCAAAGAAGUGUCAAAACUAACUAAACCAAAGCUUAAAGAACUCUGCAAAGCCUUUUCUGUGGACUUUGAGAAAUCAGUCGGUAAAAAAGCGUUCGUAAAUAUGGUAUCGAACGCUUUGAACCUCUCUACUUCGGGCGACAGUCAGCAGCCGUCUUCGUCUGUCAACACGAAUGUUCCAACUAUUACUGACCUGCACAAGUUAAAAGAUCGGCAGAAGAGCUGAGAAAGAAAGAUCGACACUGAUCAUAGAAGAAUCCACAGUGAAACGGUUUUUGCUGGGUGCUGGUUACGACGAGAAAGCAAUAAGAAAAUAGAAAACGCUUCGGGCACGGGAACACAAGCAAAGAACUCAGUCAGUAGUCAAGUAAGGACUGUAAACACAGCAGAACCGUCAAAUUUAUUUUUAAAAGUGUAUGUAAUGCCUUAUUGUAAUGCUUUAAAAUGAAUAUACAUAAUUAAUAAUGACCAAAAUGAAUUUUUAUUAAUUUUCCCCCUGCUUCAUUGCAGGGGGAAAAAUAAUAUAAACUAGACUGCAUUUCCGCAGAGAAAAUGCAAAGUGUGCUUGCUGAGCUAUAGCAGAACAGCUAGCAUGCUAAAAGCUAGCAUGCCAACAUGCUAAUGCCAACAUGCUACCAACUAGCAUGCUAACAGUUAGCAUACUAACAUGCUAAAAGCUAGCAUGUUAACAUGUUAAUGCUAACAUGCUACUAGAUAACAUGCUAACAGCUAACAUUCUAAUGAUUAACAUGCUAUUUGUUAAAAUUCUAACACUUUAAGGCUAAUAUGCUGACAGCUAUCAUGCUAACAGCUAACAGGCUAACAUGCUAAUGGCUAGUAUGUUAACUUUUAGCAUGCUAACACGCUGAGGGUGACAUGCUAACAUCUAACAUGCUAACAGUCAGCAUGCUAACAUGCUCAGGCGAACUCGCUAACAGCAA